CGUCGUACCCGGAACUGCUUCCAAGAUUUUUUUUUUCUGGUUUGAUAAACGCUGCAGGUUCCCGAACCCUAGGCAUUCUAGAUCCUUGGGGGCCGCGAGAACGCCCCCUUCUUCCGCCCCUUGGCGGGUUCAGCUUCCACCACCAUGGCUCCUGUGUCAGGCUCGCGUAGCCCUGAACGGGAGGCCUCUGGGGGAAAACGUCGCAGUUCGUCGAGGAGCCCUAAGCCCAGCAAAUCUUCCCGCUCCCCGCGGGGUCGCCGCUCUCGCUCGCGCUCUUGUUCUCGUCUUGGUGACCGGAAUGGGCUCAGCCAUUCGCUCAGUGGCUUCAGCCAAAGCUCUCGAAAUCAAUCUUACCGCUCCCGCUCUCGAUCGCGUUCUCGAGAGCGGCCCUCUGCGCAGCGGAGUGCCCCCUUUGCUUCUGCAUCCUCGUCUGCCUAUUAUGGCGGCUACUCGCGCCCCUACGGGGGCGACAAGCCAUGGCCAAGCCUGCUGGACAAGGAGAGAGAGGAGAGUCUGCGGCAGAAGAGAUUAAGUGAAAGAGAGAGAAUUGGAGAAUUGGGAGCUCCUGAAGUUUGGGGACUUUCUCCAAAGAAUCCUGAACCAGACUCUGAUGAACAUACACCAGUAGAGGAUGAAGAGCCAAAGAAAAGCACUACUUCAGCAUCUAGUUCAGAAGAUGAAAAGAAGAAGAAAAGGAAAUCUAGUCAUUCAAAAGAAAGAUCCAAGAAAAAGAGAAAGAAAAAGUCAUCUAAAAGAAAACAUAAGAAGUAUUCUGAAGAUAGUGACAGUGACUCUGAAUCUGACACAGACUCCAGUGAUGAAGAUACAAAAAGAAGAGCAAAGAAAGCUAAGAAAAAGGAAAAGAAGAGGAAACGGAGAACGAAGAAAUACAAGAAAAAGAAGUCCAAGAAGAACAGAAAAGAGUCUAGUGAUUCAAGCUCUAAAGAGUCCCAAGAAGAAUUUCUAGAGAAUCCUUGGAAGGAUCGAUCAAAGGCAGAAGAACCAUCAGAUCUCAUUGGCCCAGAGGCUCCCAAAACACUUGCCUCCCAAGAUGAUAAGCCUUUGAACUAUGGCCAUGCUCUGUUACCUGGUGAAGGUGCAGCUAUGGCUGAAUAUGUAAAAGCUGGAAAGCGAAUCCCACGAAGAGGUGAAAUUGGCUUGACAAGUGAAGAGAUCGCAUCAUUUGAAUGUUCGGGUUACGUAAUGAGUGGUAGCAGGCAUCGCCGAAUGGAGGCUGUGCGGCUGCGCAAAGAGAACCAGAUCUACAGUGCGGAUGAGAAGAGAGCCCUUGCAUCCUUUAACCAGGAAGAAAGACGGAAGAGGGAGAACAAGAUUCUGGCCAGCUUUCGAGAGAUGGUGUACAGAAAGACCAAAGGGAAGGACGACAAGUGACGACUUCCUGACUUUACAAGUGGGCAGUUUUAACAAGGAAAUUGUGGGUUCUAGACAUAAAAGAAGGUUAUUGUUU